AUGCUGUUUUCAGCUUUUUUUUUCUCUGAAAAUUCAUGUACAUUUUUUUUUUGCAGUUGGAUUUGUGCGAAACUUUUUUUUUGA